CGCCAUUACCAAACAUGGUAGGUAAAUGUGUUAUGUAUCCAACAAAGCCAAACCCAUCAAUCAAGUUACCUUUCCCCCCUAUUUUUGGACCAAUCAAAUAUUUCCAAUCUCUGCUCCUCGCCGCCCACCAACUCACAGUUUCCCGAAAUUACACAAUCCACACAAGGGCAUUCCCGUCAGCCGACAUCAAAACCUCACUCAGGAACCAACUUGGUCACCCCAAAAAACAAAGCGAUUGAGACUAUAUUGAUUAUUGCUCCUGCUCCGCUCCGCUCUGCUCCCUCUCUCUCUCUUCCAAACCUUUCCUCUUUUGGUUCCGUGAUCCAUCUCUCUCCUUCUACACCAGUUCACGAGAAGCUCAACAGAUUCCUCCUUCUUUCUUCCUUUAACCUCUCUCUCUCUCUCUCUCUCUCCCUCCCUCUUCCAAUUUGUGAGCUGUUUACACAGAUCUUCAGUUCCCAAAUCUAAGCUCUGUCUUCUUUAUCUAUUCUUGGUAGAAAGAAGCCAUCUUUUGGUCUCGGCAGCUCAGUUUUGUGUUUGUGAUUGGAUAGAAUUGACAUUCGACGAAGUUCUUUUAUUUUUUGCUCAUAAAUAUACUGGAAAGUGUGUUGAAGUUUUCACCUUUUUUUAGGGGGGACUCUAUAGCUUGCUUCUUAUUCAAGAUCUUAUCUCUGCUCUGCUUACAAUUUAAGCUCAAAUAGCACUCUCACUUGAAAGUGAUGCACAAAUAUUCUCUGGAAUAUUUACCCAAUCUAUUGCUUUGGUGGUUAUUCGAAGACUCCGCUGCUGCGCAACCCAAAUCUCUCCUUCACAUACAUACUGAUAGAGAAGAAGAUAUCAGAGAGAGAGAAAGGGAAAGAGAGGAAUUUGAUGGAUUCGGGCAGUAGCCGGAAUUUCCAGAACCAGAGUGAGCAAUCCGGGUCGGGUUUGCUGCGGUUUCGAUCGGCUCCGAGCACUCUUCUCUCCAAUUUCGGCGAUCAGGGGCAGGGAGCAAUCGGCGAUGAUUCCCCCGCAAUGGGGUUUCGAGAAUUGGACGGCAAAUCCGCCGCCAAAGUGAAAGGAGCGGCAAACAGCGGCGGCGGGUACCCGAAUUCUUCGACGCUGGCCCGGAGUUACUCCGGGUUGCCGCCUCAUUAUCCGAAGGCCGAUACGGCGUCGUCGGGCGUGGAUAGGGAUGGUUCCUACCGCUUGAUGAUGGCUUCCUUGGGCAUAAACCAGAACGAGGCGGCGAGGACGCUCAAGACAGUUGACUAUUCGAGUUUGGGGAGGCAGCAGAGCAGCUCUCCUGCUGGAUUUUUUGAGGACCUUUCUUCUCACAAUGGUAAUUAUCCAACAGUGAAGGGCUACACUCCCACUAAUCAGAUGGGUGCUAAUAAUGGUGGGGAAGCCAGCAGCCCGAGACAGAGACCACAACUCAGCUUCUCGUCGACAAUGUUGUCGUCCGACAUUGAUCUCGAACAUGUCUCCCCAAGCAGCCCAGAGAGCCCGAACCUCGUCGGUGGAUACGGCGGUGCAGGGUUCCCUUACGGCGGGGCAUCAUGGAACGAGCCCCACUUCGGCGACACUGCUUCGAUUGCUCAUCAUCACCGCCAGAAUGGAGGAGAGAUUGGAGUCCAUGGGUUGUCCCGCCACUUGAGCUUGCCCAACAAGCCUGGUGCUUCAGGGGAGAUGGACACUUUCCUGCGGUUCCAGGAUUCUGUUCCUUGCAAGAUCAGAGCCAAGCGUGGCUGCGCCACUCAUCCUCGAAGCAUUGCCGAAAGAGUGAGAAGGACUCGGAUCAGUGAAAGAAUGAGGAAACUACAAGACUUGGUACCAAACAUGGACAAGCAAACCAACACAGCCGACAUGCUAGAUUUGGCGGUUGACUACAUCAAGGAUCUUCAGGCACAGUACAAGAAUCUGAACGAGAUCAGAGCCAACUGCACCUGUUCACAUAAGCGGCAGGGUGGCCAGGCCCAAAACUAACGCUGCCAUGAGACCAGCUUCCAGUUAAGUAAUUGGUUGUCUUGUUUACUAGGCAUGGGACAUGGCGAGCAUGAAGCAGAGGAGCUUCAAUAGUAGCGUAUGUGCCAUCUUCCAGUUAAUGUUGGAAACCUUUGGACAGUAAGUUAGCAGAGCUUUUUUUUUUUUUUUCGUUUCACAGGUUCCCUCAACACAUGACCAAACAUGCACUAGGGAGGGAGACUUUAGUGAAGAGACUUGUACAGGAGGAGGAAUAAUAAUGUUGUACUGGUCCAUGCAAUAAAAUUUUGUUAAGAGAUAUUUUACACGUUCGCUACGUAUGGACCGGUAGUCUAAAUUAACUUUUAUCACAACAGAUUUUUGUUUGUUUGUUAGGAGUGAAAUAGAUUUGGGAUGGUUUA